AUCUGUCAAACAAAACGGCAUUGCAAAGCACGCCGACAUUUCUGGGGAGAGGAAAAAAGAAUUAUUCAAGAAAUAUUAAAAUAAUUGUUUCCAACGAAAUACAAAAUAAGUAACCACAACAAAAUAACUUUGUUGAAAUAGUAAAUAAUUGAAACUAAUCACAUAUUCAAUAACAACCAAGAAGCAGCUACAGUUAAAUUAAUUGUCAGUCACAAAUUGCAAAAAAAUCCCUUAACAAUUUGGCGACGUCAAUUUGUUUUGUGAAACAAGAAGCAGCGCCACUAGCCAACCACCACUACAAACUAUCCAUAAAAUAAAAGAAUAAAAGCAAAGAUGCCGAUCGAUACCACUGCCAAACAGGUUCAGGAAUACAAAGACACCUUGAUCAAGAAGGCAGAGCAACUAAUUAUUCAAGGAUUUCCGGAGAAGAUUGUCGAGCUCAAUGAACUUCUGGACACUCCCAUGUUUAGUGAGCGCAAUUUCACUGAGGUUCAUCAGGACUUAAACAUUCCAGUACCCGAUCCCAUAUUGGUAAAUAAUAAUGGCUCCGAAGCCGCAGCUGCUGCUGCCGAUGGUGGUGAUGCUGAUCAACCAGCUGCCAAAAGAGCCCGCACUGAAACCCCCUGUGGCACCAAGGUCAUGUAUUUGGCCAGCGGUUCGGUGCCUUGCAACACUCCCCUCUGCGAGAUGAUAAAAGUUGUUAAGCCCAUUAUCAGAAAAUUAGUGGAAGAUUCUAAUCUUUUGAAAAUGUGGAUUUCGUUUAUGAUUCCCAAGAUAGAAGAUGGCAACAACUUUGGUGUUUCCAUACAGGAAGAUACCUUGGCGGAAAUACAAACUGUAGAGUCUGAGGCAGCUGCUUUCUUUGAUCAAAUUUCCCGCUAUUUUUUAUCCAGAGCCAAGGUGGUUUCCAAAGUUGCUAAAUAUCCCCACAUUGAUGACUACAGGCGUGCCGUGGUUGAACUGGACGAAAAGGAAUAUCUCAGCCUAUGGCUGGUGGUAUGCGAAGUGCGAAAUCGCUACUCCUCACUGCACGACAUUGUCAUUAAGAAUAUGGAAAAGCUAAAGAAACCACGUUCCUCCAAUGCCGAGAGUCUUUACUAAAGCAAAAAACAAAAGAGGACCCAUUCAAUCAAUAUCACCGCCACAACCAAUUGCUGUAUAGAAAAGAACAUCGUGCUUAAUAAUUUUUGUUUGGUUUUUUCAUCUUGUAUUCGAAGAAACAAUGAAAGAUGAUCAUUAAGACUUCUCUCCUCUACCUUAAAAUAGAAAUAUAUACAAAACAUAAAAUUGUAAAA